GGAAAUCCUCAUUGACAAUUCAGUUUGUUGAAGGCCAAUUUGUUGACUCCUAUGAUCCAACCAUUGAAAACACUUUCACAAAGUUGAUCACAGUAAAUGGACAAGAAUAUCAUCUUCAACUUGUAGAUACAGCUGGGCAGGACGAAUAUUCCAUCUUUCCUCAGACAUACUCCAUAGAUAUUAAUGGCUACAUUCUUGUGUAUUCUGUUACAUCAAUCAAAAGCUUUGAAGUGAUCAAGGUCAUCCACGGCAAGCUGUUGGACAUGGUGGGGAAAGUACAGAUCCCUAUUAUGCUGGUUGGGAAUAAGAAAGACCUGCAUAUGGAAAGGGUGAUCAGUUACGAAGAAGGGAAAGCUUUGGCAGAAUCUUGGAAUGCAGCGUUUUUGGAAUCCUCUGCCAAGGAAAACCAGACUGCCGUUGACGUUUUCAGAAGGAUAAUUUUGGAGGCAGAGAAAAUCGACGGGGCAGCUUCACAAGGAAAGUCUUCGUGCUCGGUGAUGUGACCCAGUGCAGGACCCGGGGCCGCUGCGACAGGUCCUGCCUGAAGAGCAGACUGCCCGUUCUCCUUCGAUACACUUGCUUCUUUUUUCUUCUGUUAACCUGAAAGACAUCAUUUGGGUCAGAGCUUUUUUCCCCUUUCAGAUUAUGUUAAACUCUGACUCUGUCCAAAUGAGUUCACUUCCAUUUUCAAAUUUUAAGCAAUCAUAUUUUCAAUUUAUAUAUUGUAUUUCUUAAUAAUAUUAUGACCAAGAAUUUUAUCGGCAUUAAUUUUUCAGUGUAGUUUGUUGUUUAAAAUAAUGUAAUCAUCAAAAUGAUACGUAUUGUUACACUACUAUAAACUAGGCUUCAAUAUAUCAGUGUUUAUUUCAUUGUGUUAAAUGUAUACUUGUAAAUAAAAUAGCUGCAACCUUAA